CCUAGUCAUCCAAAAAAAAAAAAUCGUCCCAUUCGAUCGCGUCACUUGAAUAAAGAACCCAAGCUUACGAUUGCGCAGAUACAAUACCCGCGGCUUGCCUCCAGCCUUCACCGUUCCACCGUCUCGUCCUGCUAGACACUCAGGAUAGCUGAUUACCAGAGUCAUGAGUGAAGCACAGCAGAAGUAUUCCCCACCUCGGGCAGACAAGAAUACGUUUGCAACACAUGAAGAUUUCUUCCAGUCCAUUGAAAGCGGUGCGUUGACCUCCGUGGACCUUCUCAGAGAAAAUGAUCGCAAAUGUGCCCAUUGCUGGAAACAGUACGGUGAAUCGGAUCCAGGAUUGAACAACGCAGAAUCUCCAGUAAUGUUCAAAUGUGGUCACGCCUUCGGACAAGAGUGUAUGAAGGACCUAUUCAAGUUGCCUCCAAAAUUUACUGUUAAUCUCAAGGCUCUCGCAUUUGAACCAGGAUCCGGCGGCGCAGAUUUUGCCGACAAAAUACGCCAGUUCAUCGACUUACAACGGCCAAGAAGAGAUCCCUUUGGCCGUAUCGAAUAUUGGAACUCAAGAGUAGACACCGCACCAGGUCAGGAACAGUUGCUUGCCACACAAUCGGAACAUAUUCGAAGAAUUUGCAGGUUGCUCUCACAUGAGCUCCGUUCACGGCAUCCAUCGGUAUCAAACCUCUUUGGUCCCUGGGUGGAGGCCAUAGUGCAAUUAUUUUCGAGAGCUGAAAAGGUGGUGAGGAUACACUUCCUUGAUAAUGGGAUCGUCUUCGACGCCCUUCAUGGAUCCUCGUUCGCAUAUCUUAUGGCACCUUCCAUGGCCGACGAUCAAGAAAGAGAGAGGAUCGAUAACUUGCAGAGAAAAGGAGUGAAGGCGAAUAACGAUAGUAACGAAGAACUCCUGGCUGUUGUGUUGUAUGAAGUUUAUGACGCUUAUCUUCAGCUUAGGCGCAAGAGCUCAGGCGCUGUACCAAGCACUGCCACCAACACACCGAGUAAUUUGCAGCAAACACUUACAGUUGUGCACCCAGAGUCAUCCACUUGCGAUGUCGUAACCGAAGAUGUCCGUAUUGGUGAGCACAACAUUGGCUCUACACAUUAUGAGAUCAAAAACCCUCAUAGGUUCCAAAAAGUCCAUCAUCUCGAUUCAUCGGAUUCGGAGAGCGGUCUCCCACAGUCAGAGCCUGCUCCCAGAUAUAUGGUCUCCUUGCGAAGAACUUUCUUGGGACUGACGGAUAAGCUGGAUGAAGUUGACACGACUGCGCCGGAGGACGCCAUGAUCCGAUUAAGUGCCCAAAAAAUGGAUAGCAUGAAAGCGAAAGAUAUUCCAAUGGCUGUACGAUCUAUUGGAUGGGUGGAUCGUCGUGAGGUGCGCAACACUUGCCCAAUCUGCAAGAAGGUUCUUUUCUACAUCGAAAAUGUCAUAGACGACUAGUCGCAGCGUACGGAAAGUUUUCGUCCUGGUUGUAGCUUUCCGUAACGGUUCGACUUGCUUGUCCGGGUAUAUUUUAACUUCGUUCGUGAUUGGGACAUGGGGUGAUGGGAAUUGCUUUUCGUUAAGGAUAGGACGAACGGUGUUCACUUGAUCAAACUUCGGAUUCACCAGGCGCCAGGCUACUAUUGUAGAUUCACCUCAAAAACAU